AUGCAUAUUGUAGAGGUAAUCGUGGGUCACUCAUCAACCCGUCUGCCUCCAGGUCGUCCAGACGGGCAUACACACAAAUGGACUCUUUUUGUAAAGCCUGCAAAUAGAGAAUACGAAGAUUUUCUGGAUACGAAAUUGAUACAAAAGGUCAAAUUUAAGAUCCAUGAAACAUUCGAACAACCGGAAAGAUUGGUCAAAAAACCACCAUUCAAGAUUACGGAAAGUGGAUUCGCAUCAUUUGGUGCAGUAGUGACAAUAUACUUGAAUCUACCGAAUGAAAAGCCACGUAGUAUACCUUAUGAACUCACACUCUUCACUGGUGACCACGAUGUUCAAAACGAAGUACAGAAGUUAGCAAUCAGAAGUGAAGAUGUCCCACAAGCGUAUCUGGAACAAAUCAGGAGAUAUUCAAAAUCGAAAAAGCGGAAAGCGUCAAUGAUUUCAUCAUCAAAUGAUGAGAAGUCACCACAAGAUAAUCAUAGGAAAAGUCAGAAAAUGACACCAUCAGAAGAUGAAAAAAUGGAGAAGAAGGUUAAGAAAAGAGACAUGGAAUUCGAUGAGCAAUAUGAGAAAAAGAAGGAUAAAAAAGAAAAAAAGGAAAAAGAGGUGAAGGAGCCCAAAGAAAAAGUAAAAACCCCGGAUGAAUUGACGAAGAAGCUGAAUGAAUGUGAGGAUCCAUAUGUAAUUUAUAAAGCCAGCGAGUUUUUGCUCAGUUUGCCGACAACUACACUCUCCAGUACGACGUUCAAUCUUUCUUAUGAUCUCACCAAAUGUGAUACGGAAGCUCUGCUUGAAAUUGGAAGGAUAUUGAAGUUGAAAAAGACCAAAAAAUAG